AAUGGUAUUCGGGGAAGUGUUAAAGGACCUCGUAAUCUGUUCCUUUUAUCCAGAUCGGCAACACUGCCAUUACUAAAGAAAACAAACGAUGAUUUUUAUGCUCUCUUUACCAACAAUCAUCAUCAUCAACGAUUUCACACUGAUCACUGUUGUCCGAGUCGAGCGCAUAAAAAAACAAAAAAAAGUCCUUCCCAAACGUGAGAGGGAAAUUUAUUCAAACUGUCAAAAGCUUAGAUGGUGUGCGUGAGAUCGUCCCUUCACUGCGGUUCGGUUUGUUUAGGCGUCCUCCGGUUUCAUUUAUUUUGAUUCCAUUUUUAUACCCAUGUUCUAUUGUCCGCGGUUUUCUACCGUCGUUCAGCCGGUAAUGUCCGUUUCUUUUAGCGAGUAGUUUGUUAGUUUCCUUAGGAAUUGAAAGUGUGCCAAUUAUAUAGUAUUUAGUGUGGUGAAGUGCAAAAUGUCCAGGGCGGAUAAUUACCUUGCCCUGUGCCUGUUGGAUGCACUGGAUGACCAAAAUUUGGAAUCGGUGCGAGUUCUGCUGGAGAAGCACAAGGCCAACCCGAAUGCCAUUGUAUUGGAAAAGAAUGUAGCCCCGGUGCACCUGGUGCAGGGUGCAGAAAACGAACGGUUUGCCGAACAGGCGACCAGUUUGAUGCUUCAGUACGGGGCGGAUCCAAACUUACGCUCGGAUGAGGAAGGUAUGACCCCGUUGCACGUUGCGGCCAAUUUGGGACGGCCACGGUUGGUCGAGAUGCUGCUCAAAGCCGGAGCAGAUAUGGACCUAGAGGAUGCCGAGAAUAAGAUUGCGGUCGAAUAUGCGAUCGAGGAAGGUCACUUCGAGGUGGUGAAGGUGAUGCAGAACUUCGUUUUCGAGAAAAAGUUUGAGGCCAAGAGGCACGAGCUGGUUCAGAAGGAGCAGCAGAAUGGCAACUCUAGUGGAGGGAUGGUCAAAUGUUUCGGUGGUUACUUAAGACUCGACACACCAACCAAGAGAUGCAAACUGUUGGAUGAGUCCAAAUUGACGCCGAAUCGAGUGCAUUACAAUUUCGACGCAACAUCGCCUUAUUACAUUAAUAUUACUCAUCGUAGAAAAACUAGUCCUAAACGGAAGAAAGAUGAUUUCAAUAAAGCAAUCGUACAAUUGCAAGAAACUAUCGAUGGUACCAAGCUUAGUGAUGACGAAGAUAUUGUAAUUGCUCGUAAGAAUCUCUUUGAACUAACUGAGAAAAACUUGGAAAACUUCAGUCAAAAUAUGUCGGGUUCAACGCGAAGAAGUCGAACCUCAUACAUCGAAUGCUGGAGGGAUAAAAUAGCUGCCCUACGCGAUCGCUACAAGUUGAGCACCAACAUCGAGGAUAUCGAGAGAAUUUUGUCUGGUUUCUCCGACAGCACAAUUGAAGACGACAUCGAUAAGCAAACCUAUACUAUCCACGAGUUUGAUGAUCAAUUCCCUCCCUGCUCGAACGAACUGAACAAUUCCAAUCCCACCCUGGACCAAGAGCAGACGAAUGUCACAUUCCAAACGGCCAUCGAACAGCCGUUAAAGCUAGAAGAUAGUCUGCGAACAAACGAGUUUGCCCUCGCUCUUUGUCCCUCACCUGAACCGUCAGUCCAAUCGGAGAAACCCUUCUGCGAGGCGCACAACCGGCUCGUUCAAAUCACGGAAGAAUACGUCCACACGGACGACGAAGCUGGAGUGGUGUUCUACGAGAAAAAGUUCAUUGCGGCCGCUGCAAAGCAACAGGUAAAAAGCGGCCAUCGAAACGCGUCGCUGUCCAGUCAGUCUACUGCCCUCACCUUGCCGCCCCUGGAUUACGAUACGGAUGUGCUGAGAGCCGAACUCACCAACUUUGGCGAGCCGCCCGGGCCCAUUACGAAGCACACGAAAAAGCUGUACCUUAAAAAGUUGGUUAAAUACAAGCGAGAUCCAGAGCGGGCCCUGGCUCAAGUCAAAGGGAAAUUGAAUUUCUCGGUUGAGCUUCUUGCCACCAUUCGCAGUGAAGAUGUGUUCAGCAAAAUACUCCAACAGCAAGCCCUCGAAACGGAAAUGUCCAGCGAGUUCGUCACGACCAACGAUAAGACGUGGCGCGAAGGUCACCUGAAGAAAAGCUUCAUCUACCUUCUGAUCGAUCCGCGAGUAUCGGAAAACCUGCCAGCCCAGCAAACGUUAUAUCAGCAGCACGAUCUCUGGAAACGCUUCCUGCAGUCCAUUUUCUAUGUGGGCAAGGGCAAAAGCAGUCGACCUUAUUGCCAUCUGUACGAUGCCAUGAAGUUGUACCAGCAAAAAUCCAGUUCCUCCAAUGCGUUGCAACCGCCGAGCGAGGUGCUGGAACUGCAGGUAGAAGAAGAGCAGAUCAUCUUCCAGAGUGAGGAACGCAUCGAGAAGGUUUGUCGCACCACCAAGAUCCUGAACCGGAAACAGAUGAACGACAGUGCCAAGCUGAACAAGAUCAUCGACAUUUGGCGCGCACAGCGAGGCGUCAUUUGCUUGCACGUUUUUCACAAUAUAAUGCCGGCCGAGGCCUUCACCCGGGAGGCAGCGAUAAUCGAUGCGCUGGGUAUUCAAAAUCUGACCAAUCUGAAGCGGGGCGAUUACUACGGCAAAGCACUGUCAUGGCCCAUGAAGCGACGGAAACAGCUUGGAAUAUUGCUGCUGUACAAGGCGCUGCUGAUCUAUUUGGCCGAAGGCGAGACGCAGCUGCUGCCGAGUGACUUAAUUUGAUAGAGGUGAUUGGUUUUUGCAAGGAGUGGGAAAGAUCUCAGUAGCGAAGAAAGUGUCUCUAAUUUGCCGUUUGAUAUAUUUUUAUGAAAAACUUACAAAUUGUGAUCAAUAAAUAUGUUUUAUGUAUUGUUGGCUAAACUU